AUGACCUCCAAGAUGGAUCGAUUCAGCAAGUUCGACAUCUCCAAAGGCUUGAAGGAGACAAUUGCCUUGCAGAAGGAGUGCGAGAAAUUCCGUGAGCAAGUCGCCAACGGGGCAGAGGUGUCCGAAGAGGAUGUCAAAGAUCUGUGCGAUUGCUUGAAAGAUCGAGGCUUUUACCGGAUUGUAUCGGUCUUCUUGCCCGUUUUCUACGGAGAAGACGAAGACAUUUCCAACGACAGUGAGAUCGGAGCGCGUAUCCGCGAGGCUGCACGAGAGUGGCGCCCAGACGAACACUUCCCACCUUCUCCACAGUCCGAACACUAUUCAAACACGCUCGCGCAUCGCUUGGACGAGAUGCUGACAGGCCUGUUCCGAGACAUGAGGCUCGAUGACAAUGCACGUUGUCUGCUGGCCGUAGCAUUCAAGCCGGUGUACGAGGCUGGCGGCCUCCCGUUAGAGAACAUCAACACGAUUAUCGAAGAAGGCGCAAAGCGAGGCCUGCCCCGCGAACCUGGUAUCGUCCCCGGCGGUCAAAGGUACUUCAAGGGCGCCGAACCUCAAUCCGGGAACACGAAGACGCAGACGGGUGUCUUCAAUGGCGGCAAUACAUGCUAUCAGAAUGGCAUGUUUCGCCUGAUACUGUCGAGCAAGCGGGCCCCGGACGUCUUGCUCCACGGCGGAGAAGCUCCCCCGGCUGGCAAUGAAGAGCUAGGACAAAAGCUCUUCGAGUUAAUCCAGGCCAUCAAAGCGAAGUCGUUCGACGGUUCGAAGCAUUUGUUGCAGCAGCUUUGGACGCAUUUCGGAAAGGACCAUUCCCUACGCCAGUACGUGCCCGGAAAACAGCAAGACGCGGAGGAGUUCUUUCGACACGUGAUGAUGGACGGAUUGGGAGAGAUACCGCGCACGGCGUUCGGUCACAACAUCGUGAGCAAGGACAGGUGCAUCGAUUGCGACCUCGAGAGCCAUGGUCCCAGCGAGGAAGAGGUCAUCUACUCGAUCGGAUUAGAAGAGUCGACCCCCGCUACGUCGCUGACCUCACUACUGCUUGACCAGAUGGUCAAAGUCGAGGAAGUGGAGAAGAGGUGUGGCAAAUGCGAGGCCGACACGAUCCACGGCAGGGCUACAGGCCUGGAGCCCGCGCAGGACUCCCUUGGCCCAGAAAUCGUCAUCCAACUCAAGCGCUUCGACGGCCGUGGCGAGAGCAAAGUCAGGACGGCCAUAUCGCUCCCGGAACGUCUUUUCGCCAUGGCCGGCCGCGAAAGGCCGUACUACAUCAAAUGGAUUCUGCGCCACAUUGGGAACAGCGUCGACUUCGGCCACUACCUGGCCUAUGAGCGAGGGUCACCAUCGGCAGCGGAUGCACGCAAGCCGCAGCAGGACGCGUCGGAGGAGAAGACGACGGAGUUCGAGGCGCAGUCUUUCGACGUGUGGACGAUGUAUGAGGAUGACAAGCGGGUGACGAACAUCCCUUUCCGGACUGUGCAAGAGGCGUGCGAGAAGGACUGGUAUAUUUGCAUGGCGGCACCGGCGUCCGACAAGGAAGUUGAAUCGCUGCUCGCGACAGUCCCGAUCAACAUGAAGAAACGCACAGCGUUCAUGGACGCAAUCCGCGCACAAUACGAAUUGCAGCAUAGAGUAUUGGGGGCGACAGGGGGUAAUGGAACGAUGAACGUAGGCAUGUAA